AUGACCGAACCAGAUCGCUCUCGACGCGGUGGUCAGAGCUCAUCCAAGUCGAAGCAGCACUUCGAAGUGGCUGCCGACGAGUACCAAGCACCCUUCCAGCUACCCGCCAAAAAGGUAAGCAUCGAAACAGCAGAGGAUGCGGCAGAUGUAGCAGCCUUUGCCUCGUCGCCAUACUUUGACGACCAGGAAGCACGCGAAGCAAUAGAAUGGGCACAGUCCCAACAGCAAGCCGAGCUGGAUGCCGGAGCUGACGCCAGUGAAGGAGGCGUUCAGAUCGGUCGAAGACGACGUAGAGACAGUCAAGUGGGGAGCUACGAUGAAGGCGGCAGCAUCUUUGACGGUCCAGGCGCCGGUGCCGUUCCCAGCUCGGUCAGUAGCAUGCGUCACGAAAUGGCCAGGCCAGAGUUGGGACGUCGCUCCUCUCGAAGCUCUCGACGCCGCAUCUCGAUGGAGGGUCGCUCGCCCCGCCGCACCCGUAAGCUUUCCGGUGCGUCUGCCCAGAGUGAAGCCAUCUCAGCUUCGAGCGAGCGCAGCGUCUCACCGGACUCAGUCGCUGGACGCCGCAAGCCUGCAAGCCAGCGUAGCGGCAGCACCUACCACUUUGGUCGCAGAAAGCGUGUGCCCGAAGACGCAGACCUCACUGGCACCAGCCAGCCAAAGGGAAUGCUCGGUUCCAUUCUCGCCUCCAUCCGUGGCGACCGCGGCGACGAUGACAACGACGAUGCCCGCAGCCGCCGCUCCUUCUCUCGACCCCUCCUCUCUCGAAGGCGAUCCUCGCAGUCCAACAUUUCUUCUCGAGCUGGCAGGUCCGAUGCAGGAGAUGAGGAUGAAGACGAAGACUACGACAAUACCAGAGGUUGGAGCGACGAUGACUAUGGCUUUGACGAUGAAGAUGAUGACGACUCCUACCGUUCCUCGGAUGACGAUGCCUCGAACCGCAACGGCAUCCUCCCCUCCGCGUUCGGCACACUCAGUGGAGCUGUCGACCCCGUCUUUGGAGACACGCGCUUCUCCACCGAUCAUCCGCCCGAAGACGAGCUGGACGCCGAGCUGGCAGGCCGCGAUCUCGAGACAGGAGAGCCAUCUGGCUUCGGUCGCUCCGAAGGCGAUGUCAAUGCACGCGGCCGCACUUCUGGUCAGAGCGUCGAGGCAGCAAGGACAGAACUCAGCUACCUUGACAAGUCUUCCAAGAGCAGACAGCAGGUCUACCUGAUGGAGGAGGAUACGCUCAUCCGCUUCACCGGCUACAAGACCCUCGUUGGUAAGCAGGUCAUCUACACGAUCGUCUGCUGCCUCACUCUCGGCAUCGUCUAUCUCAUCGGUCGAUGGCUACCCCGCUUCCGACUCAAGUACGUCUGCAAGGAGACGGAAUUCGAGAAGGCCGAGUUCAUCAUGAUCGAAAACCAGUGGGGCGAUCUUCACAAGGAGAAGAUCGACACCAUCCCUUUCGCCCGACCGCUCGCCACCGUCUUCUCUCAUUCGUCGCGGGAGCCACCUUCCACCCAGGCAGAGGCGCAAUCCAUGCCCACCAUGAAUCUGCCGCCCGAGCUUUCCAACAAGAGCAACGCAAACUCAAAGGCAGCGUCCGCAAAGAGCAGCAUUAUCAACGGCGGACCCCCAGCAAACGGCAAUGGCAAUGGUCAUGGAGCCGACCUCCCCCCGACAGGCGGGCUUCCCAUGCUUUCCGGUGUUCAGACCGAACAGCUGAUGGAAUUGACCUUCUUCGACUUCCGCUAUACGCGCUACGCACUCCACCCACCUACUGGCCGCUUCCGCAUGAUCAAAGAUUGGAGAGAUCCGCUCUGGACCUCGCUUGCUGCGAUCAACAACGGCAUCAGCUUUGAUGCUGAAAAGGACCGCUCUACGAUCUUUGGCAAGAAUGCCAUCGAGAUCCAGGCCAAGUCCACCUGGCAGCUUCUCGUCGACGAAGUGCUUCAUCCUUUCUACAUGUUCCAGAUCGUCUCGAUCAUCCUCUGGUCCUUCGACAACUAUUACUACUACGCCUUCUGCAUCGCCGUCAUCUCGCUCGUCUCCAUCUUCACCACGCUCCUCGAGACCCGUCAGACGGUCAACCGCAUGCGCGAGAUGAGUCGCUUCUCGUGCGACGUGCGUGUGCUGCGCGAAGGCAACUGGCAGGUGCUCGAUUCGAACGAUCUCGUCCCCGGCGAUGUGUACGAUGUGGCUGAGCCCGGUCUGCUCCUCUUCCCAGCUGACAGCGUCUUGCUGAGCGGUGACGCCAUUGUCAACGAGAGCAUGCUCACGGGAGAAAGUGUCCCUGUCAGCAAGAUUCCGCUCACGACGCCAAGCAUGGUCGGUCUUCACGCUGCAGGCACUGAAGUGACCGCCGAUCUCGCCAAGCACUUCCUCUUCUCCGGCACUCGCAUUAUCCGUAUCCGUGGAAGCGGAUCGACCGACAAGAAUGAAGCCGGCGCCAAGGCGAUGGUGGUCCGAACCGGGUUCAAUACGACCAAAGGUGCUCUUGUCCGCAGCAUGCUCUUCCCCAAACCGAUGGGCUUCAAGUUCUACCGCGACUCUUUCCGCUUCAUCGGCUUCCUCGCCAUGAUUGCAGGAAUCGGCUUCCUCUUCGCUGCCGUCAACUUUGUCAAGAUGGGAAUUGCUUGGCAUACGAUUGUCAUCCGUGCUCUCGACUUGAUCACUGUCGUCGUGCCGCCUGCUCUGCCAGCCACCAUGUCCAUCGGCAUCUCGUUCGCCAUCAAUCGUCUCCGCAAGGUCGGCAUCUUCUGUAUCUCGCCGAACCGGGUCAUCAUCGGAGGAAAGGUGGAUGUCUUCUGCUUCGACAAGACGGGAACGCUCACUGCCGAGGGUCUCGACGUGCUCGGAACGCGAACGAUCGAUCUCAAGGCUGGCAGAUUCAGUGAGUUGCACGAGUCCGUCGACGAGAUGCCCGUCGGUGCGGGAACCAAGAGCGAUGCAGAUGCUCGCAAGAUGCCGCUGCUCUACGCCUUGGCCACCUGCCACUCGCUGAAAGUGGUCGAUGGUGAGGUUAUCGGCGACCCGCUCGAUGUCAAGAUGUUCGAGCACACUGGCUGGACACUCGAUGAGGGCAAGGAUCGAUCGGCAAAGGCUACCACCAAGACUGGCACUGCCAAGAACGGCAAAUCGAAGCUCACAGAGCGACCUCCCGCCCUGGUGCAGACCGUCGUCCGCCCACCUGGUGGACAGGCCUUCGAGGUCGAAGACGCCAUCAAGUCCGGCCGCCACGCCCACUUCCUCGAGCUCGGUGUUCUGCGCACGUUCGAGUUCGUCUCAUCGCUCCGCCGAAUGUCGGUCAUCGUCAAGCGUCUCAAGUCGCAGUCGAUGGAGGUGUUUGUCAAAGGUGCGCCCGAAGUGAUGGCCGACAUCUGCGACAAGGACACCUUCCCCGCGGACUACGACGAUUUGCUCUCGUACUACACCAAGCACGGCUACCGUGUCAUUGCCUGCGCAGGCAAGUCGAUGGCGGGCAUGAGCUGGAUCAAGGCCCAACGCAUGCGUCGAGAGCAAGCCGAGAGCGGACUUCGCUUCCUCGGUCUGAUCAUCUUUGAGAACAAGCUCAAGGAAGGCAGUGCGCCGGCCAUCGAGGUGCUCAAGAACGCCAACAUCGUGACCAAGAUGGUGACGGGCGACAACCCACGUACCGCCAUCAGCGUUGCUCGAGAGUGCGGCAUGGUGGGGCAGUCGGCGCACGUCUUCAUGCCGACCUUCGUCGAAGGUGACCAAAGGAGCCCACGCGCUGUGAUCGACUGGUCGAGCGUCGACGACGACCGCAUCAAGCUCGACCCGUACAACCUGCAACCCCGUGAAGUGGACCCGCACGUGCUGGACCUCGAAGAGUUUGACUUCCAAGACUACCAGCUCGCGCUGACAGGCGACGUCUUCCGGUGGAUGAUCGACUUUGCGCCCAUCGAGACGGUGCGACGUAUGCUGAUCAAGGGCACCAUCUUUGCGCGCAUGUCCCCUGACGAAAAACACGAGCUGGUGGAGCGCUUGCAGGCAAUGUCGUACACGUGCGGCUUCUGCGGCGACGGCGCUAACGACUGCGGUGCGCUCAAGGCGGCGGACAUCGGCAUCUCGCUCUCGGAAGCAGAAGCGUCGGUGGCUGCGCCCUUCACGUCGAACCGCGGCGACAUCUCGUGCGUGCUCGACACAAUCGCCGAAGGCCGCGCUGCGUUGGUGACGUCGUUCAACUGCUUCAGCUACAUCUGUCUGACGUCGCUAAUCCAGUUCUCGAGCGUGCUGCUCAUGUACUCGAUCGGCAGCUCGCUGGGCGAUUGGGAAUUUAUGUACCUCGACUUUGCCUGUUUGUUCCUCAGCGUUUUCAGUGCUAGGACUGGGCCGCCGUAG